AUGGGUCCGAGCCCACUCUGUGGCCGUGACCACUGUGCAUACAGCCCUGCCUUUCGUUCCCUGGGUCUGUCCCCUCACCCGCCUUCCAUCCCCCCUCGGCCCAAGACUGACCCUGGGACAGCUGGCCCUGGGUUGUGUCCCACCAAGGAAGCCCGUCCCUCUCCCCGUGCAGAGAAAGUGGUCAUUUCCCCGGGAAGUCCGGCCCAAAGCCUCAACCCUUGGACAGGUGAGGAAGGCAGCCGAAGAGGGGCAGGGGGUGUGAAAGUGGUCAUUUCCAGUCCCAGGGUGGCCCAUCCCUAUGGCAGCCCACAGGAAAGUGGCCCCACCAACAGGCUGCGCCGCCCAGCCGGGUCCCAAGGCAACUACUUUCGGCGAUUCCUGUGGUACGUAAGAGAGAGGUGGAAAUUACUCGGCCUUUUUGAGAUUGACUCUGGUCAUGAGUUUUACAGGCUGACGUGCAUGAUGAAGGCAGGGCUUCGGGAUGCCAUCCAGGACUCCAUUGACUACCCUUGCAGGCAUCCUCUAAAGGAGGAAGAUUACACAUCUGUUCUGACCCAGCCCCACGAGGGCUUUGAAAUGAACACCAUGGCAGGUCCUGUCUUUGCCCACCUUCGACACUUCCUAGGCCUGGCAGAAAAGGAUUACCAGAACUCCCUGAGUUCCAGCCACUGCUUCCUACAGUUCAUCAGUAACUCCAAGAGCAAAGCGAACUUCUUCUUGACACAUGAUAAGCGCUUCUUCCUGAAGACCCAAAAUAAGUGGGAGAUCCAGUUCCUGCUCUCCAAACUGGCCCUCUACGUUCAUCACUUUCACGAAUAUCCCCAUUCCCUGCUUGUCAAGUUUCUGGGUAUCCACAGCAUCAAGGUGGCCCAGGAGAAGAAGAAAUACUUCAUUAUCAUGCAGAGCAUCUUCUACCCUGACGAUCGAAUUUCUGAAAGGUAUGACAUUAAAGGGUGCCGAGUGAGCCGAUGGACAGAGCCUCUGCCUGAGGACAGCCAUGUUAUCGUGGUGCUAAAGGAUCUCAACUUUGAGGGGCACACCAUCACCCUGGGGUCCCAGAAGAGCUGGUUUAUCAGGCAGAUGGAGCUGGAUACAGCCUUCCUCCGUAACCUCAAUGUCCUAGACUACAGCCUCCUGGUGGCCUUUCAGAGGCUCCACUUGGACGAGAAGAGGCCCAGCAAGAAUAUCUUGACUCGUAUAGCCAGGUCUGCUCAUGCGGCCUGGAGCGAGGCUUCGACGGUGCCUUACUUGGCUUCAGAAAAGCUCACCCUGAAUCUAAAGAAGUACUCCACCAUCUAUUCCCUGAGCAGCAGCAAGUCUUACAACCUCGCUGCCCACAACUGCAGGCUCCUGCCCGACGUCCCCAAUGCCCUGCACAUCCUGGACGGCCCCGAACACCGCUACUUUAUAGGGAUCAUAGACUUCUUCACCGUCUACAGUCCCCGCAAACGGCUAGAGUUCCUGUGGAAAUCCCUUCUCCACCCCGGCCGUUCCUUCUCCACCGUCAACCCUGCCCUCUAUGCCAGCCGCCUCUGCCGUUGGGUGGUGGAUCACACCGUGUGA